GUCUGUGGACAUCUUGAAGAACAGAUCUGAAGUUUUACUUCAUGACCAUGGGGGAGAUUAAAGAAGAAGACUUUGAUGAUUUUCGCCAAGAGUAUUCAAGUCGACCUCGAGAGGAUGAUUCAACCAGCAAAGAAGAAAUGAGUCCCGCAAUAAAAAUGGAAGAGGAGUCCAAUGUUACAGAAAACAGUCAUGAUGGUAUGACGUCUAUCAGGAAGGUAUCAGAAUCAUCCCAACUGGUUACAAUAAAGAAGGAGAUCAAAAAAGAAGACGUUGAUGAUUUUCUCCAAGAGUAUUUGUGGCAACCACGGCAGGAUGAUUCACCCAGCACAACAACCUGCAAAGAAGAAAUGAGAUCUGUUAUGGACAUUAAAGAGGAAGAGAUGUCCAAUGUUAUAGGAAACUGCUAUGAUGGUAAGAAUAUUUCCAGCAAGGAGUCAGAAUCAUCCCUACUGGUCACAUACAAGAAGGAGAUCAAAAGAGAGGACUUUGAAGACUCCUCGCAGAGAACACAAGAAAAUGAUGAAACAAAGUCAUCUUUCUAUAAGGAAGAAAAUUGUUCAUCCGUGGAUAUUAAAGAGGAAAUUCACCAUAACCUAAUCGUGAAUGGCAAAAAUGCCAUGUCCCCUACAAGUGUCCCUGCGGUCAACAUGCAUGAUGGGAGGACACUUCAGUGCACCACAUGUGGAAAGGUGUUUAAACAUGCAGAAUAUCUAAGGAGACACCAGAGACUUCAUACUCAUUCUGGUGAAAAGACUAACCCUUGUAAAACAUGUGGAAAAUAUUUUGCAACAAAAUACACUCUUCAGGUACACCUGAAAAUUCAUACUGGAGAAAAGCCUUUCCCAUGUACAGCAUGUGGAAAGACUUUUCCACGAAAAGCUGAUCUUCAGAGACACCUGAUCAUUCAUACUGGUGAAAAGCCUUUUCCUUGUACAACGUGUGGAAAGACUUUCAGGCAAAAAAGUGGUCUUCAAAAACACCUGAGAAUGCAUACUGGAAAAAUCCUUUACCAGUGUGCAACAUGUGGAAAGGAUUUCACUAAGAAAUGUGAUCUCCAAAAACACCAGAUGAUUCAUACAGAUGAAAAGCCAAAUACAUGUACCACAUGUGAGCUUUUAGAGUGGCAAGCGAUUUAA